AUAACAACAGAAGAAAAACUCUUGACCAUCCCACAUCUUGCUCUCAUAACAACAGAAGAAAAACUCCACACCACAUCUUGCUCUCAUAACAACAGAAGAAAAACUCCACACCAUCCCACAUCUUGCUUUCAUAACAACAGAAGAAAAACUCCACACCACACCACACCUUGCUCUCAUAACAACAGAAGAAAAACUCCCCAGCAUCCCACAUCUUGCUCUCAUAACAACAGAAGAAAAACUCCACACCAUCCCACAUCUUGCUCUCAUAACAACAGAAGAAAAACUCCACACCACACCACACCUUGCUCUCAUAACAACAGAAAAAAAACUCAACAGCAUCCCACAUCUUGCUCUCAUAACAACAGAAGAAAAACUCCACACCAUCCCACAUCUUGCUCUCAUAACAACAGAAGAAAAACUCCACACCACACCACACCUUACUCUCAUAACCACAGAAAAAAAAACCCACACCUUGCUCUCAUAACAACAGAAGAAAAACUCCACACCACACCUUGCUCUCAUAACAACAGAAGAAAAACUCCACACCAUCCCACAUCUUGCUCUCAUAACAACAGAAGAAAAACUCCACACCACACCACACCUUGCUCUCAUAACAGAAGAAAAACUCCACACCACACCACACCUUACUCUCAUAACCACAGA